AUGCUGUUCGUCGUAUUAAAGAAAACGCAUAACACCGUAAGACAGCAGAGAUUAGAGCUAUGUCGCAAGGUCAUGGCAGAAAAGCCAGGAACGAGCUUAGCCAAAUGGGACGUGAUCGCGUCAGAGAUGAACGAGUUUUUAGACAAGCAAGGACUGUGGCACUCUCCGUGGUUUUUCUACGAUGGUGCCACAUUAUUCAGACGCUUCAGAAUGCUGGUUUACUUACCUCUGAAGAAUGGAAAGUUCGAUAGUGACGCAGAAACCGCGUUGCUUGGCGAAGCUGCGCAGACAUAUGAAAGAUCUAUAUUUGACUCCGAUAAGAAGGACGAAAAGAAUGAUCACGCCAGAAGUAUGCCAUAUGAAAAGAAGCUACCGGUGGAGAUACACAACUCCAAAGCUAGGUGGAUUCUUGCGGCUUACACGACGAGAUAUUUGCUCAUUGGACCUUUUUUGAUACUGGCUUAUGGAUGGUAUUUUGGAUGGUAUCCGACUACGGCUUUUGGGAUUGUUUGUUCUGGUAUUGUGGCUGCUUCAUAUCGGGAUAGAAAAGAUGUAAGAUCUCUAACGAGCUCGCUAAAGUUCAUGAAGAUCGUCCACGAGUUUGAGCCUUGGGAGAAUCAUUCAAGGUGGGAAGAAAUUGCCAGGAUUAUGAAUGCAUAUUUUUCGCGCAAACCACUUGAUUUCGCCUUUGAUGGAGGCGAGUGUCGUCAAAUAUUCGAGCAAAAAUUGUCAUCGAUUAUUGCCGAUCGUGGAACGAGAAUGCCGGAACUGAUUCCUUAUGCGCGUGAAUUGAAAGAAGCUUGCGGAUGGUUUUGA